UCUCCGAGGACUGUCCCGAUGCCAGAGUGAGGGGGGACUUAACAGUCAUUCACGUGAAAGAUUGAUUUAACGCGGGAAGCUCGCGCUCUGGCGAGGUGCCUCGCGGUGACGUCAGAGGCGCCGCCAACCCGCUGGUGUGGACGGUGUGCACGCGCGCGCUCGUAAGCUCGCUCGCGCUAGGGGGUGAGAGACACGCGCUGACAGAAAUGCUCUACGUGCUCUGAGUUCAGAACAGAUGUGCGCCAGCAGAGAAUAGAGAAAAUGCUAAAACACAAUUAAGUAUUAAAAAUUAUACUAAAAUACAUUUAAAUUAAUUUUUGUGCGUAUAUUUUGAGCUGCAGCGAAAGUAAGCGUCUCGCGCAGUCAACAAGAAAUUGUAUCUGCCUCGAUAAUCGCCCUCGCGUUGAAUACAUUAGAUCCAGUCUACAGUUGCAUUGCAUUUAGGUGAUUUUUUAUAUAACUUUAAUGCUUUUGUGUUGCACACGUGCAGAUUCAGUCUUUACCAUACCGCAGUCAUACUGAAGCAGCCGUAUAUUGCUACUAUAUGCAUUAGUUCGUCUCUCUCUCUCUCUCUCUCUCUCUCUCUCUCUCUCUCUCUCUCUCUCUCUCGCUCUCUCUCUCGAUCACUCUCAGCUCAGUCCGUCUCUCCUUCGGUCUCAGUACUCAGCGCUUGGCAAAGGAUAAUAAACUGCGUUUCCGCAGCAAUACGUGGUCAAUAGGGAAGCCUGCAACAGAGGGAUUUCUCUGGAGGUUCAAAUGUGUUUUGCAGAGAGGACCGACCACUGGUCGGUCAUGAUGUUUUAGGUGGGUGGACCUCUGUUACUUCAAAGCCGAUAUCCACGAAACAUCUAGAAGAGACCAAACUAUCAAUGUAUACAGGACUUUGAAUUUCACAUCGAAAGAGUGAAGGAAAGCCUUGAAUAGAUUCAUAGGCUGACACUGUUUGCACCUGGCAAGGCCGUUGAAAAGGAGGAGAAAGUCAAGAACCAUGAGUUAAAGCUGUGGCAAGCGAAGCUAUAACCCUGUAACAAGGACCACGUAAAAUGGGGACUAUGUUCGGCGUCAUGUUUCCUGUACAGCUGUGACUGCCCUCAAGACAUUUUUCCCAGAAGCUGUCUUUCUAAUCAUAUUGGUCAUCCAUCUCCUGAGAUCAUUUGUCUUAUUUUGAGCCCAAACCUCUUUUCUCUCUCCUUGAUCAAAACAAAUCCAAUUUUACUCUGACAAUGGCCUGCAGGUUUAGCCUUCGUUGUGGGUUUCCAACCACUUUCCUUCUCCCUCUUUUUUUCCUCUUUCAUGCACCUUCCUUUGUGAGAAGUGACUGCUGGCUAAUUGAGGGAGAUAAAGGUUAUGUGUGGUUGGCGAUCUGCAGUCAAAACCAGCCUCCGUAUGAGACAAUACCACAGCACAUUAACAACACCGUCCAUGACUUACGACUGAAUGAGAACAAGCUCAAGGCAGUUUUCUUCAGCUCACUUAGCCGGUUUACCAACCUCACUGACCUCAACCUCACCAAGAAUGAAAUCUCCUACAUUGAGGAUGGUGCCUUUGCAGGACAGGCCAAUCUACAAGUCCUGCAGUUGGGUUACAACAAGUUAACCAACCUUACGGAGGGGAUGCUACGAGGGUUGGGUCGAAUGCAGUGCCUAUAUCUUCAGCAUAACCUUAUAGAGGUCAUUGCAGCAAAUGCCUUCUGGGAGUGUCCGAGCCUUAGCAGUCUAGAUCUGUCCUCGAACAAAUUAGCAAAGCUGGAUGCAUCCACAUUCACUGUCCUGGGGCGGCUAAUAGUAUGUGAGCUAGCUGGAAACCCUUUCCAUUGUGGCUGUGACUUGUACAGCUUCCUUAUGUGGCUAGAGGCAUUUGACAAUGUAACUCACACAUAUGACAGGCUUCAAUGCGAGACACCAAAAGAACUGUUUGGUUUCCCUCUGCUAAGUCCUAGAGGUAAUCAUUUAAGAAAUGCUCGUGUCAUGUUGUCAAAUAUGUGCAAAGAUGGAAUGAUUGUUAAUAGCAUAACUGCCCUGCCUCCUGACUUGGACUUUUCGGGAAUGGGGAUUGAUUUUUCUGAUCAGAUAGGACCUUAUCACCAGCCUACAGCUUCAUCAACCACAGACCCCUCCUACAGCCCAACUAUAAAGCUCCAAACAGUGUCCCUGUACACGGCAUCGUUCUUAGUACAAAUUCCUAAGCCCUACAGUAAAAUGUAUAUUCUAGUACAGUACAACAACUCUUAUGUGUCAGACAUCAUGAACUUAAAGAACAAAAAAGAGAUUGUCAAAUUAGACAAAUUGAAACCUCACACAAAUUACACUGUCUGUGUUGCCUCUAUUCGCAAUUCGCAGCGGUACAAUCACACUUGCCUGUAUUUUGCAACACGGGCUUCUGGGCCUGAUGACUUGCAAGCAAACCCAUCUACCACCACCCAUUACAUUAUGACCAUUCUAGGCUGUUUGUUUGGAAUGGUCAUUGUGUUGGGAUUGGUGUACUACUGCUUACGUAGGCGUCGAAUACAGGAAGAAAAAGAAAAGUCUAUCAGUGUCAAGAAAACUAUAUUGGAGAUGCGCUAUGGGCCAGAAGCUGCUGCUGCAGCAGCCAAGGAUCCUUCUGUUUUGCAGAAACUUCAUGACCAGUCCCAUCAUCAACAUCACCACAGUAAAUUGCCUCAGUCAACCUCCUCCAGCUUGGGCAUCCUCCAUGGCUCGGCCAACACCACUUCUUCUCGACUUUCCACACUGCCACAAGCAGAAAAGAUGGCCACAGCUUUCUCAGAGGCCAUGGUCACUAGUAAAGGUAACUACAUGGAUGUGCGGACAUCAGCAGGAGGAGAGGAGCGAUUGAGAGAUGGAGUGGUAAUAUGUUUAGGGGAUGAAAUGUCAAGAGAAGAAAAUGGGAUUAAUGGAGCUGAUGACUCUGAUGAUGAUGGCCGAGACUCAACUUCUGAGAUCUCCACCAUUGCCAAGGAGGUGGACAAGGUAAACCAGAUCAUCAACAACUGCAUUGAUGCCCUCAAACUAGACUCUGUAGCUGUUGUGGCAGCUUCUGCGGCCACUGCAACUACAGCAGAUAACACUGCCUCACCCUCUUCUAGUGUCACCUUAGCCAGAGGGCUAAUUCCCCUUUCCCCUACCAUCACAGAGACAUGCCAGAUCAUGUCGUCCCCUAAAAUCCAUCCUCCACCUCCUGUUCCUCUUGUUUUACCCCUUUCUGAGCGACCAGGCAUCAGUGGAGGGGGCUUUCUCUCCCCUCCAUACAGGGACCCUCCCCCAGCCACAGCAUCACGCCCCUUGCAAAGGCAACUUAGCGCAGAUGCAGCAGUUGUUCCCAUCAACUCUGUGAAAAACCGCUGCAGCGUUUCUUCUAGUGGCUCUGUUAAAAGCGCUCGGCUCUUCAGCAUGGACGUACCCGACCCUCGCAACCAAGACCCUUGCAAGUACCCAGAGAAAGGCAGCCCUGUUCGGUGCGGGGAUCCACUAGAGAGGCUGCCCUUAAUUGGCAUUCAGGGAGUUAGCAAUGGCAGAGGAGAUGGUGGCAGCGGGGGUGGAGGGGGAGCCGGUGGUGGCAGUGGUGGUUCGGGUGGGUGUGGUGUUGUGGUAGGAGGUGGGGGCAGCUCAGCUCAGCAGCACCACCUGCAGGUGCACCCAGACUACCACUGCUCAGAGCACCGACACUCCUUCCCCGCCCUCUACUAUGAGGGUGCCACUGACUCCCCUGCCCAAAAAGUCUCCUUUCUGAAGCCUCUCACUCGCACCAAGAAGGACACUGCCUACUCCCAACUUUCUCCCCGUCAUCACAAUUACUCAGGGUAUUCCUCCAGCCCUGAGUACUCUUCCGAGAGCACUCUUAAAAUAUGGGAGCGAUUCCGACCUUACAAGAAAAGCCCUCGUGAGGAGGCCUACAUAGCGGCUGGCCAUGCUCUUCGAAAGAAAGUGCAGUUUGCGAAAGAUGAAGAUCUGCAUGACAUUCUGGACUACUGGAAGGGAGUGUCAGCACAGCAGAAACUGUGAUUGUUGUAAAAGACACAACAGCAGGAAGAGAGGUUGUGGAGAAAAGAACCAAUGGCUCUUGUGACAGCUAAACAGACUUCAUCAGCAGGUGCUUUGGUCCCUACAGGCCACCACAGAGACAAGUGUUCUGAAAGAGACAGAAUUAGGCAGGUGUUCCAAACUCAGUACGGCAUAGAUAAGCAACCAACCAGAAAUGCACAGGAAAUGUGGCACUUAAAAGGCAUCAAGUUUUCUUUUAGAAUAUCUACAUUUUUCCAUGUGUACCAACUGUAAACUUCCCCACCUUAGUUUGACAAAAUAAUGGUCUUCACAAAUGAUUGAGGGAUGAUAACAAUUAAUGCUUGUCAAGAAGAUUGUUGACACUGUUAAUUAGUAAGUAGGAAAAAAUAAAAGAAUAAAAGUAUGAAUUUGGCUUUGUCGAGGCCACAGCUCAUAACAUAGAUACUCUCUACCCACCCAUUUCCUAGUCUCCAUUCAAGCCAAGCAUAUUCAUUGAUGUGAGACACCUACGCAUACUUUACAGUGUGUGUGGGAAACACUUAUCAAACCAUAAGCACCCAUUUGGAUGUGCUUAGCAUUCAGGAAUUCGAUCAAGACACAAUGAUAAUUCUCUUUUGGCAUUCGUUUGUGGCAGAGUCAGUUCUUUGCCUUAAAGACAUUUUCUUCAUUUGGACAAGUUUUAGCCAAAGACUAAAAGAGUAUAAUAUUGGGUUUGGGUCUGAGAUUUUAUAUCUAGGGGACUAGAUCUGAAAGCAGAUUUAUAACUACAAACGGCAGCUAGUUAUAGAACUUGAUAAAGGGUGAAAAUCUACUAUGUUAGAGGCACAUUGCAGGAAAAGUUUGCUUUGCCUGUUUGGAAGCAAAUUCUACACCAGUAUACAGGAAGGAUUUGGGUCCUAGGUGUAAAAUACUUUCCAUGUAAGAGAUAAUGUAGUCAUCCAAUCGUCAUCACAAAAUAGACCAUGAUGUGAAGCGAAGUAUCCCCCCAAGAAUUUAUUUAGCUAUAUGAGCAGCUGACUGUACAUUUGUUCAGAAAUAUUGAUUGGAAUAUUUUAUUAACUGACAAAUCACCAAUUAGCCUAUCAGAUGCAAGUAUUCCAGAGAGCCGUAUAAUGCCACAUUUCACAUUCAUGAUAUGCAGCAGCUCUGCAUUUGUCUGACCUCAUUGAUCCAACCUUUUGUUUCUGGUUAUAACCCACUUCUGUCGACCUGAUGUCGACUGUGGUCAAACAAGGGAAGGUAUGAAGCAAAUUCAAUUACUUCUCACAUCUCCCUUUUUCAAGACCUUGUUAUUGUCCUUGCAUGGCUUAAUGGGGAAAAUUAAUUAGUAAUUUGCAGCAGAAGAGUCAUUGGGUCACAGAGGUGCUAAUAAUAUUAACACGGCCAGAUUGGAGAAGUAAUUGAAAUUAAUCUCGCCCUUUCCGGUUAGGUCAUCACCCAAAAUUCAUCUUUGGAGCCUUGCGGGCUCACCUUUAAAAGGCACACAGACUUUCUCUAUUUUACUUGAUUGGUUUAAAAAUACAAAGUGUAUGAUUUGCAUUUGUUUUAAGCAUUUUGAGAGUUUCUCUAUAAGACCUUGUGGUUUACAUAAUGUGCAGGUUUGUUUGUGAACGGUUUUAAGGUGUGUGAGCAUGUCAGACGUCAAGUGUUAUUAAGUUUCAGUGAUGGGAGGAUAUUGAUCAUGAUUUCGCAGUUGUAUUUGGCCCAGACCUCGGCAUUUAACAUUAAUAUAAACUCCCAGCAUGCAUUAGCGGCACGGCACAUCAACAUCAUCCGUCAGGGUUUCAAAUCAAUACUUUGUAAUUAAGAAUUGACGCUAUCAGGUAUACAGCGCAUUCCCUUAUGAAAAAUUUUACUUAGACUUGUUUGUAUGAUUGAAAAUGACCACAAAACCAAACCACAGUCCUCCAAGGUCCAUGGGAUCCAAAUACCAGCAUUAGUUUAAAGGGUGCAAUCAAUAUGAUUAAUAUGAAAAAAUAUUCGCACGGCCUUGUAGCAACAUUCACAAAUCGUACAAAAUUAUUUCCGCUCCAGUUUAAUGCAUACGCCUCCCCGAACCAUCAUUAUCCUUUUCGAAAUCUCAUUUCUUUCCAUUUAGGAGACCAAAAGUUGUUUUUUACACAGUCUUUAUAUUCUUAAACUCAGUUAGAUGAGUUUGCUGAACAGCCUCAAGGCGCGUGUUAUUAUUUGGAAGGAGAUUACUACUGUAGCUACGAUGCAGUAAUUGGGAAAAAUGCUUAACCUCUUGAAAUGUUUUGUUGAAGUAUAUCGUCAGAUUGUAGGAAUGAAAAUUAUCCGUGGGUAUUAUUUCCUGCUGAUGAGUUGGAUUUUGUGUGUAUACAUGUGUGUGUGCCCAUAGAAAGAUAUGACUAUGAAAACUGUGACACAAACAAAACCAACAAGAGUACAAUCUAUACUAACUGUUGUUACAUACGGUACAUGUACAAGUAGUAUUAGAUUUCAAAUGGGUAUGUCCAGUGAAUACAAAAUUGCUGUAUGUGUACACAUACAUACAAACACAUGCACACACAUACAAAUACAAUACAAUCUACACAUAUUGUAUACGUUUACAAACACAUACAGUCUUAAAAGUGCCCCCUCUGCACUUAAACAGAGUGAUUAUUUUGACUUGAGGAAGGUGCCAAACAUUUGUAAGAUUGUACCUGUUUGUUGUUUAUAUGUUGUUGUUUUUUGUUAUGAAACUAGCUGCAUUGUUUUACAACUGAACCGUUAAUCAUUGAUAUAGUUGUUGUUUAUUUGAUGUGGUGUUUAUCAAAUUACUGAUAAGCACUGUGUAGUAAAAUGACGGAUUGAUUUUUCCCAGAAUGCCCUCCUGAUCGAGCGAAGUCAAGGCAACAAUCCGGGGAUGAUUUUAAAGUAUAGUGUUUAAGCCUUAACUAUAAACAUUACAUUUAAAACAUAUAAAACUUCU